GGGAGGAGCAGUCGGGGUUGUGAUGGAGGCUGAGGCUGGAGCCGGUGUGGGCCGGGGAGCCCUGGCGGUGUAGCGGGAGCGGCUCGGCUGCGGGGAUGGGCUGUGCUCAGCUGCUGGACCUCCUGGGUCAGGGGGUGUGGGCCUCGCUGACCGGCGGCUGGUACUUCGACCCCCAUCAGAGCAGAUUCUCCAACACCUUCCACCUGUACCUGUGGCUGUCGCUCCUGGGUUUGCCGCUGGUGCUGCACCUGGCUGUAUCUGCAAGCAGAGUGGCACUUGGUCUAUAUUGCUGCACUGUAGCUGUCCUUUUCGCUGUGAUAAAGACAAUCAACUAUCGGCUUCAUAUGAUGUUUGAGGAAGGAGAAGUAAUACAACAAAGCAGUGUUGCUCAGACUGAUACUGGUGCAAAGGACAGAGCAAGCUCUGGAAGACUGAAUAAUAACGAACAGGAACUAGUGCUUUCAGUUGAUCCGGGGAAUCCUGUGGAGGAUAUUGCUUUGACUGAAUUCAGCAGAGAUAUUUCAUCACCACCAGACUGCAACAACUCAAAGCAGUCUAUGCCUGACCUUGGGGUCAGUGAUGGAUCGGAACUACCAACAAAUCCUAAAGAUGCUGAAGAGCUUAAAGAGAGAGACAUUAGAAGACUUAUUGGAGAAAGCAAUAACUUACUACUUGAUCCAGCUCAAGGAGUUCUAUUGAAGGUUGGAAAAGAAAGAGAAGAUCCCAUUUUCAACAAUCCAACACCAGUGAUGCCCUACGAUUCUCCAGUUUGUAGCCGUCAAUCUGUUUCUCCUGUUGCAGCAUUCAGUGGGAAAAGACGCUACUGUGCAUUAGAAGAAGAUCUGCCUUUGUUCCCGGUACCAUCUACUUUGCCAUGCCCAGCUAUUGUCUGUCAGCGUAAUUCCACCAGAUUGUUAGAUGAUUCUAAUAACCCUAAAAUGGUACAUGUUCCCCCUCAGCUCUAUGCUACAACAGCUAUGUAUGGAGAACCAAUUAUUUCUGAAGCGUCUAGUUAUAAGCAAACAACAGGAACAGAAGAUACAAUCCAUUCACUGGAAGAGCCUAUAUCUAAAAAACAAUGUGCAGCAACAUUAAAUGAGGAUCUUUGCUUGCGAAAUAUUUUGGAUAUUGAAAUCAACAUGUUGGUGACUGAUGUUGCAGAUGAUUCUGUGACAGAACAAUAUGAGGCUUCAGUGUACAAUCUGAAUAUCCUUACUGGAAGUGGUACAUACUCUCAGAAAUGUUUCUUUAACUGCAUUAAUGAAAACGCUCAGCCUGGUGUUAGCCGCACUGAUUAUCCAUGUGGAAAUUGCCUGACUGAACCAAUUGAUGACUCUGAAAGGAUUAAAAUAGAAGAUCAAACAACAGAGGAGAGAGAGGACGGUUUGGAUGAAUUGAAAGAUGAAGUGGUUACUGCUACUGGCAUUACAAAUCCUUAUCUACUGAAACCUGUAGAACAUCAGGAAAUGGACCCAAGCAAGAACUCCAACAACCAGUUGGUGAGGUAUUUGGGGGAAAAAACAAAUCGGAAUAAUGAAAGUCCACAGUCUAGCAGAGGAUCAAGUUUUCUGAAUGUACAGGGAUCUGAUUCAUCAGACAUUCCAGUUAUUACACUGGAAAUUUCUGAAGAAGAUAGAUCACAUGAUGAUAAUUCUCUUGGUAGCAGUAGCUUAAUUCCUUCUUCUGAAACUAUGCAGGCAUUUGUAUAUGUUAAUGUAGAUGAAGAGAUACAAAUGCCAGGAGCCAGUGGGUCCAUAUCAAAAAUAGACUUAUCUGUAAGACCAAAGUCAUCCAAAUCCCUUAAACAGGCUGUAGACCACCAAAUGUACAACAAACCAAAGUCAAACACUCAAACACACUUAAGUCCUAGCUCAACUGUUGGCUCUGAUGAACAUUGGACUACAAGUGGAACCCCCAAGGACCAUGAAAGUUGUGAAGAUGAAGACUUUAGUGAGCACAAUAGUCUUAGCAGUGCUUUAAGUCUCCAGUCUCAUCAUAUUCUGUCAGUGGAUAGCUCUUCCAGCAGUGUUUCACAGUCCUGUCCUUCCCCAGAUCACACUUGCUCACAUCUACAGGCUCAGAGAGAUGUAAGAGCUACCUCAGAUUCCUUCUUGAAAGUCAUACCUUGCUUGAUAGAAAACCAAAAGCAAUAUGAUCAACACAUUGAUGGGGAUUGCUCUGAGAAAACCCAUGUCAGGGUUCUUAGUGUGGACAGUGGAGCAGAUGUAGUUUUAAGCAGAACCUCCAGGGGGAGCCCCAGUGACCAUGGAAGGACAUUAACCACUUCAAAAUCAGAUUUAGAAGCAAAAGAAGGACAAGUACCAAAUGAAUCAAACUUCAUAGAAUUCAUAUCCUUACUGGAAUCAAUUAAUAGCUCCAGGAUGAAUGCAGGCAAUCCAACAGUCUGGACUUGUGAACAUAGAGAAGAGGGUGCUGUGGGAGGAGAUCCUGUAAUUCCAGUAACAACAGAAAAUGCAACUUUAAUUAAGAGAUACCAAGAACACAACAAUAUGCUGAGAAGACCAGCAAUACGAAGGCGCCACAUUGUAGGAAGUAAUACAACUCUACCACCAUCCCUUGUCAGCUCGCCUCUAAUCUUACAGGAUGGUCAACUCCAGGCAUCUCCCCAGUUGCAGAAUCAUUCUCAUUCAUUACUGUUGAAUGGCUCAGUGUUACAAAGCAGUCCGUCAAGGCAUGAAGCUUCAUCACACGAUGAUACGUCUACUGGUGCAACACACUUUUUUUUAGAUGAGCAUGGAGAAAUACGAUCAUAUACGUUUGGUGUUCCCAAUAGAGGUUAUGAGAAUUCAUUGAAUCGCCUCCCAAGCUUAGAACACGUUCCAAGUAUACGGGAACCUCAGUCCCACUCUCCCAGUUACACAACAGCAGAUGGACAAGGUGGAGCAGAGGUUGCUGCAGCUGAGUCACCCUUCCAACACCAACCAGCUGUACUGCAGAGAAUGCAUAUUAGAAGAAGGCAUUCAGAGCCGCAACUGGGUCGAAGCAGUGCCCAUGAAUCUUCUGUUGACAUUGUAGAAGAAAAAUCCAACUGCAGACAAUCCUAUAGGUUUUGGGUCUUGCCUGGCAAGUGGGUGCAGAUUCAGUAUGAUCGCCUGGCAUUGCUGACCUUACUUGACAGAAAUCAGGAAAUUGGGGAAAACAUAUUGGCUGUUUGCCUUGCUGUCCUUGUUGCUCUUCUCGGAUUUACGCUGCUUAAUCUAGGAUUUUUCAGGGACUUGUGGGUGCUCCACUUCUGCCUCAUCAUUGCAAGUUGCCAGUACUCCCUACUGAAAAGUGUCCAACCUGAUGCUGCAUCUCCCAUACAUGGACACAAUAGAAUUAUAGCGUAUAGCAGACCUGUUUAUUUCUCUAUAUGCUGCGGCCUUAUUUGGGUCUUGGAUGCUGGAAGUAAAUGCACUCGAUUUCCAUCUUCUACCCUUUACGGAGUCACAUUAAUUUCUCCAGAAAAUUUUGGAACUGCCAGAGAUGUUGUUAUCGGCUUCAUGCACUGCUUCCCUGUGAUUUUCCUUCUGGGUCUUCUUCCACAAAUCAAUACUUUCGUCACGUAUUUUCUGGAACAAAUAGACAUACACAUAUUCGGAGGUUCUGCUGCCACGGGCUUAAUCUCAUCACUGUAUAGCUUUUCCCGCAGUUUACUUGCUGUGGUUCUGCUAUAUGUAUUAUGUUUUGGUGCAGUAAAGGGACCGUGGGAUGCUCAACAUAUUCCAGUGCUAUUUUCUGCCUAUUGUGGACUGUUAGUUGCCAUUUCUUAUCACCUGAGCAGACAAAGCAGUGAUCCAACAGUAUUGCUAUCUCUAAUUCACACUAAACUGUUCAAUGAAUUGAAAGCCAGGAAUCCGGAACAUCCUUUAUUAGAAAACAAGGAUGCACUUCCUGAAAAGCUGAGGAAUUCAGUGAAAGAAGUCUUGAAGUCUGAUCUUAUCAUGUGCUCAGUAAUUAGUCUUCUAACCUUUGCGAUCAGCGCAACCACAGUUUUCCUUUCAUUGGAGCCAUUUCUUGGUAUUGUGCUGUAUGCUUUGGCUGGGACAAUAGGAUUCUUGACUCAUUAUCUACUUCCUCGGCUCCGAACACAAGUUCCAUGGUUUUGUUUUUCACACCCUUUUCUUGAAACUAAGGAAUACAGAGAGUUUGAAGUCAGAGAUGCUGCCCAGUUAAUGUGGUUUGAAAGACUUUACGUCUGGCUUCUGUGCAUGGAAAAAUAUGCUAUUUACCCAGCUGUGAUACUCAAUGCACUUACCAAUGAUGCUUUCUCUGUCAGUAGUCGUAAGAAGUUCGGCAUACACUGCGAUGUUCUGAUGAUGACAGUGGCCGGAAUGAAACUGCUGCGCUCCUCCUUUUGUAACCCAACGUAUCAGUACGUCACUUUGAGCUUCACUGUCCUCUUCUUCCAAUUUGACUACAGAAACAUCUCCGAGACAUUUUUGCUAGAUUUCUUCUUAAUGUCGAUUCUAUUCAGCAAGCUCUGGGAUUUGCUGCAUAAGUUCCAGUUUGUUUUGACGUACAUAGCACCAUGGCAAAUCGCAUGGGGCUCAGCAUUUCAUGCUUUCGCACAGCCCUUUGCUAUACCUCAUUCAGCUAUGCUCUUUGUGCAGGCUGUUGUAUCUUCUGUGUUAUCCACUCCUCUUACCCCAUUCCUCGGGAGCGCCAUUUUCAUCACUUCCUAUGUCAGGCCAGUAAAGUUCUGGGAAAGGAAUUACAACACAAAACGGGUGGAUCAUUCAAAUACCAGACUUGCUACCCAGAUAGACAGAAGUUCAGGAGCUGACGACAACAACCUCAACUCCGUUUUUUAUGAACAUCUGACAAGAUCGCUGCAACAGAGCUUAUGUGGUGACCUGAUUCUUGGCCGCUGGGGAAACUACAGCAUAGGGGACUGCUUCAUUCUAGCCUCUGAUCACCUCAAUGCCCUGGUGCAGCUGAUAGAGGUUGGCAAUGGUCUGGUAACUUUCCAGCUCAGAGGACUUGAGUUCAGAGGUACCUAUUGCCAGCAAAGGGAAGUUGAGGCCAUAACCGAAGGAGUUGAGGAUGAUGAAGGCUGCUGCUGCUGUGAAGCGGGACAUUUUCCCCACAUGCUAUCGUUCAACGCUGCUUUUAUCCAGCACUGGCUGGCCUGGCAAGUAACCGCUUCAAAAUACGUGUUGGAAGGUUACAGCAUCAGUGACAACAAUGCAGCCUGUAUGCUGCAGGUAUUUGACCUGAGAAAGAUGCUCAUCACCUAUUAUGUAAAGAGCAUAAUAUACUAUCUGGUUCGCUCUUCUAAACUGGAACACUGGUUGAGUACAGAGUCAAUUCAGGAAGCACUGCAUCCGUAUACUGCAUGGAAUUAUGUGGACAGAGAUCCAGCCGUAUUUAACGUAAACAUCGAUGAAGACUACGAUCAUUGCCUCAAGGGAGUAUCAAGAGCAAGUUUCUGCAAUAUUUAUCUGGAUUGGAUACAGCACUGCAACAAUAAAAGGAAUAAGCCGGUGAGGAGUGAUGGAGAUUCCCCUUUAGUCACCCUUUGCUAUGGACUUUGCAUUCUUGGCAGAAGAGCUUUAGGAACAGCAUCACACAACAUGUCAAUCAGCUUGGAAUCCUUUCUAUACGGGCUCCACGCCUUGUUUAAAGGAGACUUCAGAAUAACAGCAAAGGAAGAAUGGAUCUUCGCAGACAUAGAUUUGCUUUACAAGAUUGUUGCACCUGGAAUCCGAAUGUCUUUAAAACUUCAUCAGGAUCAUUUCACUUCACCUGAUGAAUAUGAUGAUCCUGCAGUUCUGUAUGAGGCAAUUAGCUCCCACCAAAAAAAGCUGAUCAUUUGUCAUGAAGGCGAUCCUAUGUGGCGUGAUUCUAUACUGUCCAAUGCUGAGUCACUGCUUGCCCUCAGGCAUGUGGUAGAUGAUGGGGCAGACGAAUACAAGAUAAUUAUGCUUCAUAAGCGCUACCUCAGCUUUAAGGUGAUUAAGAUCAAUAAGGAGUGUGUCAAAGGAUUGUGGGCAGGGCAGCAGCAGGAGCUGGUGUUCCUCCGCAACCGCAACCCAGAGAGAGGCAGCAUACAAAAUGCUAAGCAGGUCCUGAGAAACAUGAUCAAUUCAUCAUGUGACCAACCAAUUGGCUAUCCAAUCUAUGUCUCCCCUUUGACCACGUCAUACGCUGGAACACACCAACAGCUAAAGAACAUCUGGGGUGGCCCGAUCAGUUUAGAAAACCUGCAGCUCUGGUUCACUUCCAGGUGGCAGAGUUUGCGGAAAGGAUGCAGUGGAGGGAACAUUGAUGACUCGGAAUGUGGAGGAGGUUCUUCGUCGAGCAGCAAUAACCACACUGGUAAUACCACACGAAGCAUCAGCUCUAAGCAAACCAGGAUGUGGACACCACAUCCCCUAGCUCCACUGACUAGUCACCGUGCUACAGUACAAAGAGAACAAAGGAGUCGCUCUGUGCAGCCACGUUCAUCCAGAUCAGUGACCCAGCGACCACCUGCUGAAAGUCAGUCAGGGUCUGUACUUGAAACGCAGCACCCACUGUCACGGGCUUCCACAUCUGUCCACGGCAUAGUUCAAAGGUUAUCCAACAGCCAGCUGUCCUUCAAUAACUCAAUAGCUUCUAUUUUAUCCCAAGUACCUCGACUGUCCUCAGCAAGCCAGCCUAGUAGCCAAGGUCAAUCUGCUACACAGAAUAGAUGCAGCAUUGCCUCUUCCACUAGCUCCACACUAAGCCUUUUGUUUGGGAAGAGAAGUUUAUCCAGUGGGCUCGUGAUAUCCGGACUUUCAGCAGCAGAUGGAGGAAGCACCACUGACACCCAGUCAACCAGCAGUGUCAACGUUGCCCUUGGACCAUCAAUCAGAAGUGGAAGUCAGGCAACACGGGAUGCUUCUGAUACUUGCCUGAGCCCUGAUGCUACCGUCUCCAGCCAGAUGAGAGAUGCUGCUCAAACAGACGAUGCUUCACACUCUCAGGAUGGAGACCCACUCUGUGACUGUACCAAACAAGAUGGGCCAGAGAACAGGGUUUCUCAUCUGAUGGUGGAGAAGAAUCGGCAGUGAUUACUCAAGUUUUAAGUUGAGUUACAGGUCAGCGAA